UAUAUUUUUUUAAAUUUCUGUAUAGUAGAACGUAUGAUUGGUGUAUAAAUUAAGGUAGAGCCGUUCGCUGUCGAAGCUACCUUGAUUGAGAUCAGUGUUGGAUCUCUCAUGGCCGGUCCGUCGGCUUAUGCUGGUUUGGUCUUGCAAAUGGUGUGACACUGUUUUUGUAUGCUACCACUAAUUAGAUGGCAUUGGCAUUGGGAUGAUGGCGUAACAUUUUAUGCUCUUAACAAAACAUUAAUUCCUUGCCUAUUAUUAAAUGUAGUACAAUGCUGCUCACUCUGUUAUAUAUAUGUAUAUAUCUAAUUAGAACCUCCUUCACCAUUUACACCAGGAGCCCUGUCUCUCUCUCCUCACUCACUCUUCUACUCCCAGAAGUCUCUACCAUCCUUGGCCAUGGGGUUGGACAGUGAAGUUGGCACUAAAAACUUAGCCUAUGAACCUAUGAAGAAACGAAAACAUGGUGGAUUUAAGGCCAACUGUUUUAUCUUUGCAAUGAUGUUCCUGGAUAACAUAGGCUUUGUGGCUAACAUGGCAAGCCUGGUUUUAUACUUUAUGUUCGUCAUGCACUUUGACCUCUCUGGCUCCGCAACCACCACAACAAAUUACUUGGGCACUACAUUCUUGCUCACAAUAGUUGGAGGGUUCAUCUCUGAUGCCUACAUGAAUCGUCUCAACACGACUCUACUCUUCGGUGCAAUUGAAUUGCUGGGAUACAUGUUGCUCAUAAUUCAAUCCCAUGACACAAAACUGCAACCUUUACCUUGUGGAGAAUCAACCUGUGUGCAUGGCACAAAAGCCCUGCUGUUUUAUGCUUCGAUUAGCUUAGUGGGACUUGGAGGAGGUGGAAUCAGAGGAGCUGUCCCUGCUUUAGGAGCUGAUCAAUUCGACCACAAAGAUCCAGAGGAGCACAAGUACAUAGCCAGUUUCUUCAAUUGGUUUUUGCUUAGCAUAACAGUUGGUGCUGUGGUUGGUGUCACGUUUGUGGUGUAUGUGAGCUCAAAUAUUGGAUGGGACAUAGGAUUUAUCAUCUCCUUGUCCUGUGCUGCUGUUGGUCUCAUCUUUGUUGCUCUGGGAAAGCCAUAUUAUCGUGUUCGAGUGCCAGGAGAAAGCCCUUUGAUAAGGGUUCUAGAGGUUUUGGUGGUGUCUGUAAAGAACUGGAGGUUGGAGGUACCCCAGAGUCCUGAUGAAUUGUAUGAAAUACGCGACUGUGAAUCUGUUUCUCGAGGAGAGCUCAUCCCCCACAGCAAUCAAUUCAGAUUGCUAGACAAGGCAGCUGUUCUCCCUAAAGGCACGAACGCAGCAGGAAAGUGGAAAGUUUGCACAGUCACACAGGUGGAAGAAGUGAAGGUCUUGACAAGGAUGAUGCCUAUCCUUCUAAGCACAAUCCUCAUGAACACUUGCUUAGCCCAACUGCAAACCCUUUCAAUCCAGCAAGGCACCCUCAUGGACACACGCAUCGGCGAUUUUGACGUCCCAUCAGCCUCAAUCCCAGUGAUUCCUCUAGUGUUCAUGUCCCUUCUCAUACCCGUGUACGAAUUUACUUUCGUUCCCCUUCUGCGAAAAAUCACCGCUCACCCCAAUGGCAUAACCCACCUGCAGAGAGUUGGUGUUGGGCUUGUCCUCUCAGCCAUCUCAAUGGCCAUAGCAGGGAUUGUAGAAGUGAAGAGAAAGCAUGAAAUCAUUCACCACAAUCACAAAAUCAGCCUCUUCUGGCUCUCUUUUCAUUAUGCCAUAUUUGGAAUUGCUGACAUGUUUACACUCGUGGGGCUCAUGGAGUUCUUUUAUACUGAGGCUCCUGUUGGCAUGAGGUCUCUGUCCACUUCCUUCUCUUGGCUCUCUCUGUCCAUUGGCUACUACUUGAGCUCGGUUUUGGUUGAGCUCAUUAACUUGAUCACCAGCAAGCUGACAAAGAGCAAGACAGGGUGGCUAGAAGGGCGUGACAUGAACAAAAGCCACGCGGACCUUUUCUAUUGGUUCCUGGCAAUUCUCAGUGUGCUGAAUUUUGCAGUUUAUGUUUGGUGUGCCAAAUGGUACAAGUAUAAGAACGAUGUUUCACUUGAUGAGGAAAUGUUACUCAAAGCCGGUGGACGCAAAAAUGAUCAAUCUUUCUCUGCAAGUGUAAGCAUUGUGUCCAAGGCAGAAGAGAAAGAAGAAAAACAGAACGGCGCCAAGUGAAAUUGGAUGGCGCCAACUACAACUACUAUCUCUUUUUUGAGUUCAUGCAUAGAGAGUUUUGAGUUCUGUGUCAAAAAACGUGGAACAAUCAUGGUAUGAAAGGCUGUUUUUAUGAAGAGUAGUAGUAUAUAUAUAUAUAGGUGGAUGCAUGGACAACAACAUCAUGUAUAAUUGUAAUUUGUACCACCCCGACA